CAUGGGGAGAUAACUCAAUUAUUUAGUUGCAGUUUGUCCUUUGAGUGUGCCAACAUGUUAUCUCGCCGCCUUUCUAUGAAACUAUUUAGGCAUCUACGAAGAAAUAAUUUUGCUUUCUCUUAUAGAGUUAUAACCCAGCCAAACAUUAAGGUUUAUGGAUUAACUUCAAAGGAUUUGGAAUUCUCUACUCCCACAAACUCACUCCAGUAUUACUGUACAGAUGUUAAAAAUGGAUUAAAUGCAAAUGAAUACGACAGAAUUGCUGAAGAAACAUUGGAAUCUUUACUGGAGUCAGUUGAAAGUUUUGAAGAUAUAGAUAACUGUCCGGAAGGAUUUGACGUCUCUUAUUCUAGUGGAGUCCUCUCUAUAUAUCUUGGGGAUUAUGGUACCUAUGUCCUAAACAAACAGUCACCUAAUCAACAGAUUUGGCUUUCUUCACCAAUCAGUGGACCAAAACGCUAUGAUUUUAUAGGAAACAAAUGGAUUUAUAAACGUGAUGGAACCAGUUUGCAUGACUUACUGCAAAAAGAGAUGACAGCAAUAAUGAAAACAGAUAUUUCUUUUAUGGACUGUGCUUUUAAUUGAAGGUUUUUCUUAUUUUCUUUUAAUAAAUUCAAGAUAAAAUUAAUUUAUUUUAAAGAAAUUGAAUGUAUGCAUGAUGUACAAUAAAGUGUUUAAUAUUUAUAAUA